AUGGUGAACGCGAAGCAACCUCAAGACUACAGCUUCGAAGGAUGGAUGGGCUUGGACAAGUCCUCUGCCGAGGGUAAGAUGGUGUGGCAGAAAUUCCCCAAUCCCAAGAAUUGGGAGGAGACGGAUAUUGACAUUGAGAUCACGCAUUGUGGGAUUUGUGGCAGUGAUAUCCACACCCUCCGUUCCGGCUGGGGCCCUACCCCGUACCCCGUCUGCGUCGGCCACGAGAUCGUUGGAAAGGCAGUGCGUGUUGGCAGCAAAGCAGAAAAGGGCAUAAAAGUAGGAGACAGAGUUGGCGUGGGAGCUCAGAACUGGUCGUGCUUAAAGCCGGAUUGUGAAGAGUGCUCGGCUGGACUGGAGCCAUACUGUCAACAUAGCGUGAACACGUUCGCGGACAAAUAUCGUGAUGGAACGGAAAGCUAUGGUGGCUAUGCGGACUAUCACAGAUGCCCGAGUCAUUUUGUCGUGAAGAUUCCAGAUGGCUUGCCCAGUGAAGAGGCGGCACCGAUGUUGUGUGGAGGUGUGACGGUAUACAGCCCACUGAAACAGGGAGGAUGCGGUCCAGGCAAGAAGGUUGGAAUCGUUGGCGUUGGGGGCCUAGGACACUUUGGUGUUUUGUUCGCAAAAGCACUAGGUGCCGAUAAAGUCGUGGGAAUCUCUCGUCGCAACAACAAGCGUGAAGAUGUCCUCAAGCUCGGCGCAGACGAGUACAUUGCAACAGACGACGACAAGGACUGGUUCAAGAAGCAUUCCCGGACCCUCGAUCUGAUUGUCUGCACGGUCAGCUCGCCGAACAUGCCACUCUCGCGGUACUUCCGCCUGCUACGGACCAAGGGCGAAUUCAUCCAAGUCGGUGCUCCAGAAGACAAGCUGCCUGUAAUGAACGCUUUCGCAUUCAUCGGCAAGGGUAUUAAGUUUGGUGGUUCCUCCAUUGGUAGUCCCGCAGAGAUUGACGAGAUGUUGAAGCUCGCGGCAGACCAUAAGAUCAAGCCAUGGAUCAAUAAGUAUCCUAUGAAGGAUGCGAAUAAGGCGAUUGUGGACUUUGAAGAGGGUAAGGCGCGGUAUCGUAUCACACUUGUGAAUGAGAAGAAUGGUGGGAAGAUGUAG